AUGCCGAAGUCGGUGUUCGGCAUUUACACAAAGGCUUUACAGGAACAGCUGGGUAAACUUUCAACUUUGAGCGGUGAUUGCUCGUACCUUGAAGUGAUGCAAUCCCAGAAUGAUGACGAGUCGCCUGUGCUACUCGUUUCACAUCCGAACUUUGGCAAAGCCAGCCGCUUCGCCGGGCUCCAAUCAUCUGAACCAGACAAUAACUUGGGGAAUAUGUUCAUGCGUAUAAAUACGCGACGAGUCUCGAAGGUAGCUCUCACUCGCUCUUUCGAUUACUCUGACUGCCAACAAUGUCUAGUGCGUUCAAAGGUUUACAGCCAGUUCCUACUAAUCAUUCUGGACUCACCGGCAGCCUCAGAGUCCGAUAUUACCAUUAUAAACAAUACCUCAUCCACGAUUUAUGUCCGCAUCACUGCUGACAGUGACACAGGGACUACUACAUUCGACAGCGUUGAGUCAGGCGACUCUGGAACGUGGGACCGAACCGUAUGGCAAGUGGCCUUCGUGUUGAAGGGAUCAGGCGCGGAGCAGACUAUGGUUGUGAAGCCUGGACAGAAUUACACCGUCAAUGAGUAG